GAGCUAAAAUGGCAUCAGCCUGACUCAGCCUUAAAUAGAAGCCAAUCGAGUGCGGGGUGUGAAAAAUGCAGCCCCACAAUUGGUCGAAUCAGCACUACCUAGUCACAUGUUUCACCGCCUUGGGAAUUAAUUCCGCUAGUUAACACACGUGACUUUGAUAAAUGGCUUUUCGGGCGCGGUCAGGAGCAAUCCUCAGAUGGGGACAGAGCACCCGAUCUCGGAUGGGGAGCGUUCGUGGUCUGGCUACGGUGUCGGACAGCACACGGGGGGGGGGCUUCAUUGAUAGACCAUACGAUGUCGUUGUCAUUGGAGGCGGCCAUGCCGGCUCAGAAGCCUGUGCUGCGGCUGCGCGUUCAGGUGCUCGCACUGCGCUGAUUACUCCGUCGCUUUCUAACAUCGGCGUGUGUUCGUGUAAUCCGAGUUUCGGAGGGAUUGGGAAGGGUACAAUGAUUCGCGAGAUUGACGCCAUGGAUGGAGUUGCGGGACGGAUCAUCGAUAAAGCGGGAAUUAUGUUUCGAGUUCUGAAUCGGUCCAAGGGUCCGGCUGUUUGGGGACCUCGCGCGCAGAUCGACCGUGAUUUGUACAAGAAGUAUAUGCAGGAAGAGCUGCUGGGAACAGAAGGGCUGAGCAUUGUGGAAGGCAAGGUCGCGGAUAUUGUGAUUUCCACGGAGGAUGGGGGAUCUGGUGCCGCUGCGCCGGCCGGGAAGAUUGUCGGGGUGCGGCUCGAAACGGGUGAGGUGAUCCCGACGAGCCGGGUGGUUAUCACAACGGGUACUUUUCUCGGGGGGGAGAUUCAUAUCGGGAUGAAAGUGUUCCCCUCUGGAAGGAUGGGCGAGGCUGCGACUUUCGGGCUGAGCAAGUCUCUCCGCGAGGCUGGGUUCCAGUUGGGCAGGCUGAAGACCGGAACGCCUCCACGGCUUGAUAAGAAGACGAUCGACUUUGCGGCCCUGGAGGUACAAAGAGGAGACUCGCCACCGCAGCCAUUUUCCUAUCUAAACAGCCGGGUUCAGGUGGACGACGAAGCUCAGCUUACCUGCUGGAUGACCCACACCAACGAGGCGUCGCAUGACAUUGUCCGCGACAACCUGGACAAAUCCAUUCACAUCCGCGAGACAGUUAAAGGUCCGAGAUACUGUCCUUCCUUAGAGUCAAAGAUCAUCCGAUUCCACGAGAAGAACCAACAUCUCAUUUGGCUAGAGCCGGAGGGAUUCGCUCCUAAUGAGGUCAUCUACCCGAAUGGAAUCUCCAUGACCAUCCCCGAGGACGCACAAUUUGCUUUGCUGCGGACCAUUCGUGGCCUUGAGAAUGUGCACAUGCUGCAGCCAGGUUACGGUGUGGAAUACGACUACAUCGACCCGCGCAAUCUCUGGCCAACCCUCGAGACCAAAUUGAUCAGCGGUCUUUACCUUGCGGGCCAGAUCAACGGAACAACAGGAUAUGAAGAAGCAGCGGGCCAGGGAAUCCUUGCUGGAACCAACGCUGGUCUAUCCGCUCAGGGCCGAGCCCCCCUUACGCUCAGCCGUUCCGACGGGUUCAUUGGAAUCAUGGUCGACGAUCUCAUCACCAAGGGCGUCUCCGAGCCGUACCGCAUGUUCACAGCACGCAGCGAGUUCCGGAUCUCAACACGAGCGGACAACGCAGAUCUCCGUCUGACGCGUAUGGCCCGCAAGGCAGGAGUCGUAACGGACAAGCGCUGGCGCGAAUUCCGCGAGACCGAAGCCCAGAUUACCGAGCUGCAGACUCUCCUCGCGAACACGAAGAUGUCUGCGAGCGUUUGGACUCGCAGGGGCUUCAACGCACGAAACGACAGCUCCAUCCGGUCCGCGCUAGACCUGUUAUGUCUUGACCAAGUCGACAUUGACAGCUUAAUCGCGCAUAUCGAGACCCCGACAGGCACGGUCUACCAGCCCUCCUCCUUUGCGCCCGGGAUCCGACGUCGCGUUGCCAUCGAGGGCCGCUACGCGCCAUACGUCAUGCGGCAAGACGCGGCGGCGCGGAAAUUCCAGCAAGACGAAAACGUGCUCCUCCCUCGAGACUUGGACUACGCGGCCAUCCAGGGCAUCAGCAACGAAGAGCGACAGGCGCUGGAGCGUGUCCGGCCUGUCAGUGUCGGCAUGGCACGACGCAUCGAGGGCGUGACUCCAGCCGGUGCGCUGCGGAUUCUUCUCCAUGUGCGGAGGAACGCGGGGGGGAGGGGGGAUGCCCAAGGACGUCCUUACGGCGGAUGGGACGCGCGAGCUCGAAGAAACGCCGCCCGAUGAUGUGUUGUCCCGGGCGCCUUGAAUACGGAGGUGUAUGCUAUGAUGCAUUCGGCGUGUGUUAACUUAUUGGUGGAGUUUCCGUAUUAUACCAGGACUGUACAUUACAUUUACAUUUACAUUUACAUUUACAUUUUUACAUUUGCAUAUAUAAUAAUAAUACCCUAAAAGCAAUUCGAUCAAACAUGACUUGAC